AUGAAGCCUGAGAAGGCAGCUGAGCCAGAGCCUGUGGUCUCUAGUGUGACUAGGGCGGCGGUCUCGCUAGAUCCUUCCAUUAACCGAGAGCCUGUCGGUCAUACAUUCCGAGGGGAACUCUUCCUCUCUAUACCCGAGCUUGGAUCGGUCUGCGAGGCUUUGGAGGGUUCUGGCUUCGCGAUUGAGGAAGUGAAGACUCCCCCAGCUUCCCCUCGACCGGAACUGUCAUUCGCGGCUGCGGUUUCGGCUCGGCGAAGGACUAGAGAGUCUACCGUUGCAGCUCGCUCCAGCAGUACCGUCGACGGAGCCAGCGAGAAAUCCCCUACUAUGGGGAGGAGCACUUUGGGGAAAAGGAAGAGGGUAGUAUAUGGUGGUGGUUAA